AUGAACAGUGAUGCUUUAACGCACAUUACUAUAUAUCUUGAAAAUAAUCAUAGUGAAAAUGACAAAGAUAAAUACAUACCGUCAUAUGAAGUUUCAGAAAAUAACUCGGACCAAAUGAUUUUUUCACAACAUAUUUUUCCAGAAGCAUUUGUACAUUGGUGCAAGGAUGGCGGGCAUAUAGUUUACGUGUCACCGUUGGAUAUACGUACUCGCUUGGCAUCACUUAAGCAAUCACAAGGUAUUACACCAUACGUGGAAUCUAAAAUAAACAGAAUCGUUGAUCAUAUUGAAAACAACAUCGAGAGAUAUAUUGGCGUGGUAAUUGUCUUUUGAAAUGUCGAAAAAACAAAAAUUUAUUUAAAAUUUUUUAAACAAAAUCUACGAAAAACCGCGAAUCAAAAAAAUAAUCAAAGUAUUCGAAAAUCCUAGCAAUGUGUUGCUAAUACUCUAAAGGAUAAACAGUGUCGUAAACGUACAGCGCAUACUCCAAAAUGUUGGAUCCAUCUUGCCAAACAGAAUAAUUUACGUAUAUUAAACCCUCAAAAAUUAUUGCUGCAGGAAAAGGACUAUACACAUGGAAGAAAACAAUUCCAAAGGGUAAGACAAUCGGUAAAUACACAGGAAGACAAAUAACAAAAAAACAAUUGGAUCAAUGUUACGGAAAUAACGUCACGGCAAAAUAUGCAAUUUGCAACCGCCGAGGACAAUGUACGGACUCAAACUAUACCACGGACGGCGCACAACGAUUUGCGAACGAUGCUCGUAAAACACAAUUUCAAAAUAACGCUAAAAUUAAAGGUCGCACUAUGUUUCGUCUACAAGCUAGUAAAACUAUACCCGCAAAUCAAGAAAUCUUCACCUCGUAUGGCCGCGAGUAUUGGCAAUAAAUACUCGCAACGACUUUAAUAAUUUUAUCAGUUCAACAUAGCCAUGGUGCGCACAAAGCUACCCGAUCUUAACGCUACGCCAAAUCUUAAAAGAAGAACGGAUGGCAUACACAAGAAACAAUUACGACAAAUGUUGUUAAAUCCAAAGGCUUUUCUACGUCGAUACAUUACGGGCAAGAGGAAAGUAGUUAAAAAGAAAGCUGUCAGGCAAAUACAAGAUACCAAUCGUACAUGGUUUGGGACACCACAAUGA